AUUAGGUGAUUGAUAAGGAGGUUAUAAUCUCCUUAGAGUAGCCUGUUUUGGACAAGUUCGUCCAUAACCAUAGUCAUAAGGUUAUGAUAUACAUAAAGAUGGGUGGCAGAGGUUGUUUCUCACUUAUCUUUGAAUUUUUAGUGGUUAGUCCCAGGAUCAAUAGAGCACUGAGGACCUGCUCUCAGCUAAGAAGAAUGACACUUCUUUAUAGCAUGGAUAUAGGAGUCAGGAUGCCAGCGUGGCAACACAGCAGCUUCUAGAGUUUGAAUACCUGCUCUUUGCAGCAUCAGGGCCUUAAGCAAGAGUGGUUACUUCUGUAUUUUAUUUGAACUUCUAUUACAAAUAUAUAGUUAUUAAACGUACACUGUACCAUAUGACCCAUAAAUUCUACUCCUAGGUAUUUAUUCAAAAGAAAUGCAAACUUGUAUUCAUAUAGAAACAAAAUCUACAAACAACCUAAAUAUCUUUCUGUAAUAAAUGGAUAAACAAACUGGUACAUCUAUGCAGUAAAAAGGAAUGAACUGUUGAUACACACAACAACUUGAAUGAAUCUCAGAGCCAUUAUGUUGCUUGAAAGAAGCUAGCCGCAAAUGGUUGCAAACUGUAUGCUUCCAUUUAUAUGACAUUCUCAAAAGACAGAGCUAUAGUGAUGGAAAAUAGAUCAGUGGGUGCCAGGAGUUAUGGGUCAGGGAAAGGUGUGGCUAUAAAGGGGUAGCACAAGGAAAUUUUCAAAAUAAAAUCCAAAAUAUAUUCUUGUGUUACUUUUACAUAUGAAAGAAAUGUUAUAUAUCUGUAAAUAUUCUUUAGACUGCCUGACACAUAUAAGCAUUCAAUAAAUGGUAUGUGCUACCUAGUUAUCAAUAGUAGUUACACUCACCUUAUUUUUAAUUUUUUGCAACUUUAUAUUUUAAUGCUGUAAGAAUAGUACACAAGCUCCAGAUGCAGUAAUGAUUUACAUUUUGCCCUACUUGCUUCACAGUUCUGUCACUAUUUAUAUAUAUGCAUUUUUCUCUGGACUUGAGAAAAAGUGACUUUUACACAGUUUGAUAUUUUUUAGCUUCUCUUGUUCUCACACCCCACAAAACAUCCUUGCAUAAGGUAAGUCAGCUAUUACCUUGUUAUGUAAAAGAAUUGUGUUCUGCAAGGCAGCAAGUACUGUAGAAGAGCAGGCAACUUCUAAUCUUACCUUUGCUCAUGGAACUUUCUGUCAGGUGUGGGGAGGGGCUGGACUCAACGUUUAAAUGAUCCUUUAAAAAGCUCUGGGAUUUGAGAUCAAGGGACUUGUCAAUGGCCACAGCACCCCUCACCAGGUUGGAACUAGAACGUCGAUCUUCUGUUUCCUGGUCCCCAGGCAUCCUGUCUUGUGCUGUAUUAUCACAGUCUACCCACCAGGUACUCAGUCAAGAAGGGUUGUCAACAGCAAAUUCUCAGCUUAGUGACUGAGGGUUUUGCUGACUUCUGUAAACAAUGUCAUGUUCCAGGCUUGUGAUGCUAGUUGACAAGCCAGUGAGCACCAGCUCUGAAAACACACCUGAGGUUUUAAAAAAAAGUCCUCAUAACCCAGGAAGGGAACUAUGGGAAGAGCAGGGUUUGCUGGGGCCACACUGAUCUACCAGGAGUUAAGAGAAAAAGAGAGUACAUUUUAAAGGCAUUUUCCAUUUCAGUAUUUGACCGUGGUACACAUUGUAAAUAAAUAAAUUUCCAAGUUCCGUGAGGAGGAAGAAACAAACCCUCCUUGUGCCUUUUGGAAUAGUAAGAAGGCAGUGAAAGGAUAGUACUACUUAAAAAGCAUGUACUGUGCUAGAGCAAUGUCUCUUCUUUUCUUCUGCAUCGAAAGGACUAUUUAUCCCUUUAAAUAUACUCAAAAGAGACUAGGCAUUGAAAAGACUGACCCUACCACACUGACAGAUGAAGAGAUACACAGAUUUGCAAGAUUGGACAUUGAUCCAGAAACUAUAACUUGGCAAAGAGUGCUGGAUACCAAUGACAGAUUCCUGAGGAAGAUCACAAUUGGACAGGCUCCCACGGAGAAGGGGCACACACGGACGGCCCAGUUUGAUAUCUCCGUGGCCAGUGAAAUCAUGGCUGUCCUGGCUCUCACCAGUUCUCUAGAAGACAUGAGAGAGAGACUGAGCAAAAUGGUGGUGGCAUCCAGCAAGAAAGGGGAGCCCAUUAGUACCGAAGAUCUGGGAGUGAGCGGGGCAUUGACAGUACUCAUGAAGGACGCCAUCAAGCCCAAUCUCAUGCAGACAUUAGAGGGCACUCCGGUAUUUGUUCACGCUGGGCCAUUUGCCAACAUCGCACACGGGAAUUCCUCCAUCAUUGCAGACCGGAUUGCACUCAAGCUUGUUGGUCCCGAAGGGUUUGUAGUGACUGAAGCGGGAUUCGGAGCAGACAUUGGAAUGGAAAAGUUCUUUAACAUCAAAUGCCGGUAUUCUGGUCUCCGCCCGCAUGUGGUGGUGCUUGUUGCCACUGUCAGGGCUCUGAAAAUGCACGGAGGCGGCCCCACGGUUACUGCUGGACUUCCUCUGCCCAAGGCUUACAUAGAGGAGAACCUGGAGCUGGUUGAAAAAGGCUUCAGUAACUUGAAGAAACAAAUUGAAAAUGCCAGGAUGUUUGGAGUUCCAGUGGUAGUGGCCGUGAACGCCUUCAAGACAGAUACGGAGGCCGAGCUGGACCUCAUCACCCGCCUCGCCAAAGAACAUGGGGCUUUUGAUGCUGUGAAGUGCACUCACUGGGCAGAAGGGGGCAAGGGCGCCCUGGUGCUGGCUCAGGCCGUCCAGAGGGCAGCUCAGGCACCCAGCAGCUUCCAGCUCCUCUAUGACCUCAAGCUCCCAGUUGAGGAUAAAAUCAGGAUCAUUGCACAGAAGAUCUAUGGGGCAGAUGACAUUGAAUUGCUCCCCGAAGCACAGCACAAAGCUGAAGUCUACACAAAGCAGGGCUUUGGGAAUCUGCCCAUCUGCAUGGCCAAGACACACUUGUCCUUGUCUCACAACCCAGAGCAAAAAGGCGUGCCCACUGGCUUUGUCCUCCCCAUUCGCGACAUCCGCGCCAGCGUUGGGGCUGGCUUUCUGUACCCCCUGGUGGGAACGAUGAGCACCAUGCCUGGACUCCCUACCCGGCCCUGUUUCUAUGAUAUUGAUUUGGACCCUGAAACUGAGCAGGUGAAUGGGCUGUUCUAAACAGAUUGUCCAUCUUCAAGAAGCAACUUUGAAAGUUUGGCCAGUGUUUAUUCAGGCCUCCUAUCGGGAAGUGUGUGGAAGUUGAGAGAAGUCAGUCCCGGCCCCGAAGAUUUUCUGAAAAAUAAGUAGUGGGAGUUUUCCCAGAAGCCUUUCUUCAGUCUUAAUUCCCACCACUGUGUAUAAAUCAACACAAAUCAUUCAUGCACAUGCCUAAUUACUUUACUGCAUCCAUAGAAUAAAAGUAAAUAAUUUUGCAAUCUCGGUGUUCAAAUAUAAAUUGUAGCAUUAACAGACUGCUGCCCUA